AUGAGCUACGAAGAUAUUAGCGAGGAAGAUGGGCCUCGCGGUCAAGGUUUUAGCUUCGGUGCUUCUCGCAACGAUCACAGCCCGCUUAGAGUUGCCGAGAUGGACGACGACUUCCUCUUCAUUCCUCCGUCUGGCGGAUCUCGAGCUCAGAGUGGCCAAGCUAGCGGAUCUUUCGAUACCUACGCCUCGGCUCCUCGCACCUCUCAAGGCUCCAGUGCUUGGUUCAUCGAUGCGCACAUAGGCGGUCUGGCAGAAGGCCCAGAGUACGAGCUGACUCCUAUGUGCGUCAGGGCUCUACAUCGAUCGCUAUGGUCAACAAUGUUUGCACUCGUGCCUGCUGUAUACCUGCUCCCUCGCCAACUGGUACCGACGGGGGAACAUGCUCUCCGGCUGCUGGAAGAAAGCGACUGGAAUCUGUGCGAAACACAGCGUAGAGCUGUCAAGGCAAUGGCGGAAGCCGCUCGCGAUGGCAAAGGCAAAGGAGUGGAGGGCAGAAUGUCCUUUCCGCUUUCCGGUCAAGCCGAAUUCGAUCUCGGUCCAGAGUACUCCGCGGAGCGUCGUGGCAUGCCAUGUGGCCACGUCUUCAAGAAGGGUGAAGCAAUCUAUCGAUGUCGGUGAGUGCAUUGGGAAGUCGUGCUGGUAGUUUGAUCUGCAACUCAUACGACUUGACUCGUUGUGCUUUUCUGAGCCUCAGUGACUGCGGCCUGGACGACACCUGCGUUCAGUGUGCACCCUGCUUCAACGCUUCCAGCCAUGAGGGCCAUGACAUCGUCUUUAGCGUCAGCGCUUCCAGUGGCGGCUGCUGCGACUGUGGCGACGACGAGGCGUGGAAAAAUCAUCUGGGUUGCAAGUAUCACGAAAGUCGGAAGUCACAAGCCGAGGGCUAUGCUGGUGAUGAAUCGAUGGAUGAAGCAGGCCCUGCCGGCUCCGGACGAAUGGCAGUGGACGAUGAGUUUGCCGACAAUGAGGAGGAUGACCACUCCACGUAUCACUCUGCUGUCGAGGAUGGUGGGACAAGGCUUGGCACUAGCGCGUCGGCCAAGUCGCCCAUGCGUGGUAGCGCAGGCGCUUCUUUGGUGGACUCGCUGAUCGCCAAGGUACCGCGCGACGUUCUCGAGGGCCUGACCAGUCACCUCACAACUCUCCUCACGUACGUCCUCGAUACAGUGGAGCAUGCGCCCUCUGAAUGCAAGCCGCGCCCAAGCAUUGCUGCUAUCGAGCGACAGCCAGAUCUGCGCAAUGACGCCGAGCCUCGCGUUCCAGGUGGCAAUCCUCCGGAGCGCAUGUAUUCGGUCGUUCUUUGGAAUGAUGAGAAGCACUCCUUCAAGACGGUCAUUGACACUGUGGUCGACGCCGUGGACGUCAGCGAAAACCGAGCAAAGAGGAUCGCCGAGCGCAUUGAUCGUCAUGUAAGUCGAAUAUAUCGUGCCUAGACAGUCUUCAUUGCUGGUUUAACGUGCCAUCCUCGCUGCACAGGGCCGUGACGUGAUCUACAGCUCUUCAGACGUUCGGCGACUUCUCGUCAUUUCUCGGAAGCUUACCGCUGUCGACUUGGGUGCCACUAUCAGUGCGACGUACGACGUCUUUGCAGAAGAGGUGGCGCACCACGUUCUUAGCAUGAUCUUCGACCUUGCAAAUGCGUCCUUAUACGUGCCAUCGGAAACGUCUGACAGGAUGUUCGAUUUCAGCCACCCUCUCGCGAAGCUUGUUCCGAAUGCAGUUGCCAUGCGUGCCAUUACAUGCAAGGCAUUGCUCGAGCGCUGGUCGCCCCGCAAGCCAGUCGAGCAGGGUAUGAUGUCGCACGACUACUUCGACACUCGUGACUUGCGCAAGCUUGAUGCCCUGUUGCUUCUCGAUAUCAGAUUGUGGAAGGCAGCAAGAGCCUUGACUCGCAAGACGCUUAUGGCAAUCAUCGGCGCUCGAGAAGUCAGGCGAGAAGUUGGUAAGUACGAUCCUCUGGAAUCUGUCAUAAAGCUGCUCUAAUAUGUUCACCCCGUCUUGUCGCGACAGCUCUUCGCUUUGCUCGAGUAUAUCCGAAAGCGAUUGAGAACUUCAUAUUGAAGGACCGCGAGCCCGAACAUUCGAUCUGUCUUAUGACGGUACAGCUCUUCAGCGUCCCUUCGGUCGCCCGCGAGCUCGUUCUCCGUUCUGACGUCAACUUUUUCCAGAAGCUUUUGCAGAUGCUGCAGUCCAUCUUCACUGGCAAUCUCAUGUCGGCGCGCGCAAUCGAGCUGCCUCCGCUUCCGCCGCUGAAUGGCGUUGCCAAUACUACAUCGAUGCUACUGCGCCAACAGCGAUGCUACCAUAUCUUCUCGGAUCUGAGAUACGUGUUGUUGGCCGAUGGGGUCCAAGACUUGCUGGUCUCGCAACCCCCUCACUUGGAGCAUCUUCUUUCCUUACUGAGCCUUUUCAACGCAAUUACGCCUGACCGCAGAGCAAUUGGGGAGCAUGUAGAGUUCGAGAACGAAACGUGGGUGCCCAUCUUCCACAUCUCGACGCAGCUUGGCAGAGUUGCAAAGCUCUUUGGGGAAGCCUUUCACAAAGCCACGCCUCGACAACUUCAAGAUGCGUUGCUACUAGCGGCGAGGAAUCUGCUCCUCAAUCUUCUCACCCUGCAUCAAAAUUUGCCUGAAUCGUACGAGCCCAUCGUAUUCCGCCCAGUCAAUUUUGACGAUGAGCAGUACGAAGUCAUCCUCUUCGAAGUCGACCGAACCCCCGUGUCGUUCCACCAUCCCAUGCACGCACUCUUUGCCGAGCUUCUCAAGCACGCUAAUCGGGCCUUCUCGAAUGGAAGGAGUCAAGCAUUGCGCUUGGCCGACAUAUUUCCGAGCGACAUCGACGAGAAAUCUCUUCUCAACAUCAUCGACUUUCCGCUGCGAGUGGUAGUCAAGCUCGCGCAAAUAAGAGCUGGGAUGUGGGUGCGCAAUGGAUUUGCCAUCCGAUCUCAAGCGCAUCACUAUCGUGAUCAUUCGAUGCGGGACGUGAUGUACGAUCAAGAUCUCUUCCUCAUCCAAGCCGGCCUUGCACUGAUCUCGCCAGAUCGCAUGCUCGUGUCCAUCAUCGAUCGCUUCGGCCUUCUGAAGUGGAUGCAGGGCGAUCACGCGCUCGACGGUCCGAUCGAUCCCGACCAGGCGAGGUUUUUGGCGGAAGAGCUCCUGCUUCUGCUGAUCACGUUGUUCUCGGAGACCGGCAUCGCGAUCGGAAGUUCGAUGGAGGACCAGGUGCGACGCGAGAUCGUUCACUUCCUCGCUCUUGGACAAGGGCAGUACUCCGACCUCACGCGGCACAUUUCCGAACGCUUAUGUGAUCACUCCAGUUUCGAUCGCGUUCUUGCUCAAGUCUCCAACUUCCGAGCUCCAGGUGGCACUACCGACCUGGGAAUCUUCGAGUUGAAGGACGAACACUUUGAUGAGGUACAACCUUACUUCUUUCACUAUACUCGCAACCAACGCGAGAAGGCGGACGAGGUGCUCCGUCUGCGUCACAAGCGCAAGAUCGGUGGAAUGCAAGAAGCUGCGGACAAUUACGUGGCACUUCCGACGCGUAGGCUUGCUGCUGGCCAAGGCGUCGUCGUCGAUGCCUUGCGCGAAGCGCUGAACAGCAGAGUCCUCACACGCGCCAUCUUCUCCACUCUCGAUUUGUACGGCUCUGCGGAUGAGCCGGAGCCUGACCAGCGCGCCAUCGACGACACGUACGUCGAGGCCGCAUUGCAGCUUCUGCUUCAAGGAGUCGUCGAGCGCGGCGGUGACUUUGUCAGGAAUUUGGCCACCCUCCUGCGCGCGCCCGCCUUGCGGCAGGCCUCGACGGUGCUUGGCGCCUUGCAGAACAUUGAGAAGCGCACCUCAUCGAAGCCGAUUAAGGCGAAGUGCACUUGGCUUAUCGAUCAUGCGAUUAGUUUGGAUCGUCUGACUGCAUCUACGGCUUUGAGUCAUGACCGCAUCGCCCGCCAGAACGUCUCGGCAAAGGCGAAGGCACCGGCCGAGGAUCCAAAAAGAGCCGCAGCGAAGGCGCGGCAGGCAGCUAUCCUGAACCAAUUUUCUGCAGCUCAAAAGUCUCUGCUAGAGUCAUUGGAUGAUGAUGACGACGACGAAGAAGAAGAAGACGAACUGGAUGAUGCCGACGACUAUGCUCAGGCCGUUGGACGCCGAGAGGAAGAAAGGGAGCCUCAGUCUUUAGGGACCUGCAUUCUUUGUCAGGAAGACCUCAAGAGGCAAAGAGCAUUCGGCAGUCUCGCAUUAAUCCAGACGAGCCGCGUCAUGCGCACCACACCUAGGAGGCAAGCGCACGCUCUUCAAGAAGUGAUGGACGUCCCAUUAAGCCUUGAUCGUGGAGGGUCGAACGGUCGACGCGUGUCGCAGCAAGAUACAUACCCCGCCAAAGAGAACGAGGCUCGCCGGCCGGCUCAGCUCUUCAACCCCGUAGAGGACCAUCGUACUGGCUUCCACGCCUCUACUUGUGGUCAUUCCAUGCAUCUUUCAUGCUUUGAGUCUUACUGCAAAAGCAUUGAGCAGCGCCAUACCCAGCAGAUUGCUCGUAACCACCCCGAGGUUCUGGGGAGACACGAAUUCGUUUGUCCACUGUGCAAGAGCCUUGGGAACGUGUUGUUGCCGUUGCCGGACGCGUCUUCUUUGUCGCCCACGCCUUUGCUCCAACUGCCUAUCUCGGAGUGGUUGAGAAAGAUCAACAUUGACAUCUUGAAAACCUCUGCCAACAACACGUCUGCCGAGCUGCAAGAGGGCGAGAAUGGGACCGGUUCAUUCUUGCCAUGGUAUGCCGAGAACGCUUUCACUUGGCGCGUGGACACCACUUCCGACAGCAGUCUGGACCAGGACACGAUGAAGAUGCUUGAUCGGCUCAUUGUUGUGCUCAGACCUCUGUCGGCCCAGACCAGAUCAGCUCGGGAGACGUGGUCCGCCCGUAGCAUCACCGCACUUCCUGGCAAGAAGAUGUACAUGCCCGAGGAGCUCGUUGCCUACACCGUUGGCAUGCUCGAAGUAGCGCACCGAGGCACGUCGUCCGGCUCGACAUCGCCGACUUCGGAGACGAGCGGCUCGGCGAUUGGCGAUGCGAUUCUGCCCCACACGAUGGAGGUGAUACGCUCUCUCCUGCAUUGUCUCAGCGGUAUUGCCCGCUCGGUGCCUGGCAGUGCUAAAGGCAGCGAUGUCACGGCGCCCCUUGGGAACAAAGCUCUUGCACUCAUGCAACAAGGUCUUCUCAAGCGGCUGCUACCUCACUGGGGCAACGAUGCGAGCGUAGCUUCACCACUGCUUUUGCGCGAUCCGCUUACCAUCCUGAUAGAGACGGCAAUUCUCGCGCCUGCAAGCUUGGGUCACGUCACGACUCUCAUGUACUACGCCACUCUGGUUCAUACGAUCUUUGGUAUAGCGCAGCCAAGCGUCUGGCCUCAGAAUGGCGGGGGGCUUGGUCGAGCGACUGGAUUCGGUGUGCGGGCAUCCACAGUGUCUGCUGACGAACUUGCCGCCAUCAAAAGCAUCUUUCCGGAUGUGAGAUGGACCUUGGCAAACAUCAUUGGCUACGUUGGCUACGCCUGGGGCCAGAUCACCUUGGGCGUGGAUGGCCUAGAUGAUGCCAGCUUGGGCAAGAUGCUGUGUUCGUACACGCUGCCUUUCCUGCGUCGAGCCGCCAUCCUACAUGCCGCCUUGAAAGUUCCGCUCGCAUCGACAAGCGGUAGCGCUGAUGGACCGGGAGGCUCGAUGGAGUAUUUGCGCCUAAUGCGCGCGAUGCGCAUCCCAACCCCAGCUGAGGCUAUACCUCCACGCGUAGAGCGACAAACCGCAUUGACUGGAAUCAUCGAGGGAUGGAUCAAGCAUGCGUACAACGCUAUGGCCUCAUUAUUCAGGCCUCUGCCUAUUCACCCUUCUCCGCUGUCUCUUUCUAGUGCUAGCGCACACUUGCACUCAUCCUCUGCGCAUCCUAUGGUCCAGCUAGAACAUCCGGCAAUCUACGAGCUGCUCACGCUUCCACACGAUUUGGCUGCGCUGCUGCAGGAUACUCAACGAGUCGUUUGCAAGCGCUGCGGAGAGUCGCCUGCCGAGCCAGCAAUCUGUCUGACAUGCGGUGCUACAGUCUGCUUCCAGAGCUUCUGCUGCGAGGACGAGGCGAGCGGAAGAGGGGAAUGCAACUGGCAUCUCGACGAGUGCGGAGGAUCAAUGGGCCUCUUUUUCAAGGUCAAGACAAACAUUGUGCUCUUGCUCUACGCUGGAAAUGGCAGCUUCACGUAUAGUCCCUACCUAGACACGCAUGGAGAGCUAGACAUAGGGCUCAGGAAAGGCAGGCCUCAAAGGUUGCACAUGCAAAGGUACGAUGAGCUGCGCAAGCAGUGGCUCAAUCAUUCGGUCUGCCAUUUUGUAGCACGCAAACUAGAAGCUUCUAUGGACAACGGGUGAGUGCACCACACCAAUGCGAAUCAGCCGCCCGAUGCAGCAAGCUGACGCCAUUUUCGACUGAUCUGUUGCCCCCAGCGGUUGGGGUGGGAUGUAG